AUGGAAGAUUUUGCUUGUCCUUCUAUCCUCGAUGGGCAUAGAGGACAUGAGGGAAGGCGAAGCAUCCAGCUCUCCCAGUCGAGACCGUUCUCUGGGAGUAGAUCACUUCCCCGUGCAGUAGUAGUAGUUGCGUCGUUGGGCCUUGCGCCGUCCUCAGUGGCUGUUGCGAGGGAGGUCGCGCACCGGGGAACGCCAGCUCCCGAGUGGAACCGCGAAGCGCGUGAAGAUGAGAACGAACCCAGAGAGGUAACCCACACCGGAAGAAGCGAAGACGGAGCGUCGAGUUUCGCUGCCAUAAUAUCUGCAGACGCUUCGUUGUCGCCUAUGGAGGAGGCAGGACUAGCAACUACUGUUAUUAGGUGUGAGGCUCUGACGCACACGCACUGAGUUGGGCGUCCCCGAGCCGCGAAAGUGCCCUGAAAAAUUUGAAAUUGUCAAGCAAAACACCUCAUCCAAAAUGUGCUUUGGUUGAUGCUUCAAAUUUAGCGGAAAUUGAGUUUACACAUGUUUGUCUGAAAUCUAGAAUAGGUUCUGCAAUUCUCUGUAAUACUGUGUUGAGUUGAAAAAGCUUUUUAGAAAUUUUUCAGGGGCUUAGGCAGUGGCUCAGGGGAGCGCAGGUGAUAUUUGCGGACCCUGCACUUCCACUUCAGCCGACCUUUAUAGAAAAGCAGUCGCAGACGCAAGAACAAGCAACAAGAAGACAAACAGCAUUAACUUCAACAUCAAUGCGAAUGUUGCGCAGUAGCAUCGAAGCGCAGUGGAAGGGCCUCGAAGAAUCACUAACCAGAAUACAGCAGCAGUGGAUGGCUCUACAAACAUCACUAAAUAUAGUACAAUGGCAGCAGCAAGCCCUGAUAAGCUCUUUAGUAGUGGGGAACGAACUAGUAAAGCAAGAGCUCCACCAGCAACAGUCACAACAACAUGUAGGACCUGCUGUGAUAUAUACGGCUGGCGUGUCAGGUGCAGCAAACGGGGAAAGCGGACUCGAGUACUAUUUUUAGAUGUAGUUGUAGAUGUAACUAAAAUUUUGGAUAUGUUGGAAUGUAUUCCGCUGCUUCUGAUAGCUAACCAAGCCCAACCCCGUUGUUUUCCGGGUAUUGAGUUGCAUUUCCCAUUUGUCCAGUCAGUUUUUCCGCAUGCGAAGUUGUUUGGCUGUCGAGGCGGCUAACCGUAACCGCCCCGGGACCUACGUGCCAGAAUGUCCUGCUUGUCCAGUGGCAACCGCUGGCCGUGGUGUCCUGUAGCGAUCCAAGUAUUUCUCCACCCGCCCCUAGGCCUGGCGUGCCACCAUAACGUAGAACCGAUUGGAACUGCAUAUGCACAUGCGUACUAGACCGAGCUGCAAACAAUGAAGUGCCAUUAUGGCUAGCCUCCAGUCGCUACAAGCGGCAGAGGCUCGGCGUCGUGUUGUCUGCUUCGCGCCGUUUGCGUGAUGCGUGCUGACGCCCGGAACUAUUGCAGCACGCCAGGGCAAGGCCACCAGGAGCAAACCCAUGAAGAAAGUGCGCGCCUUCCGCUCACCGCCUGAGCAUGCGCCCCCCGCCUGACACGGCUUACUGCGCGCCCCGCGGGGUCAACCGCGUGACGGGGCCAACGAAGCGGACGCGCGCGCCGUGGCCAGCUGCCUGACUCUGGCUUUUGGUUGCCUGGCUUGCCGCGCGCAUGACACGGGCCACCGCUUGCCCUCUUGUGCCGCUCAACGCACGCGCACAACCUGACGCGCACGGCCUCGCCUGACCUUGAACUAGCCAGGCCAUCUCGAUAAUGACUUUGCCACCGCCAGACCACACGCACCGCCAGACCAGGCCGCCCGACGCCUGGCCGCGCCGCUUGCGCGCACCAGCCGCCUAUCUACGCCGCCCAGGGUUGCCCGCGUGACAUCCGUCCGCCCGACCAUGCGCGCUGCGUGACCACGGCCGCCGCGUGGUGACGCCCACCGCAUGACCACGUUGGGUGACCGUCUGACCACACCCACCGCCCAACCCUACGAUACACACGACACCGCAACCCGCUCUAGCAUAAGCGUCGGUGUCGGCACUUUCUCUCGUCCAUCUUGCAUAUUUGUGAAUACUAUUUUCGCCAUCAGUCAAAGAACGCUACCCCUUUUAGGUUCCAUCGUGCUGAGAGCAAGGAGCCGAAGCGAAAAGUUCAUUUUGCGAACAGCGAUGCCGAUACGGAUGCAGUUAAUUAUUUUUUGAAGUUCAACACUGCAAGCGAGGCGAUAAGUCUUCGUGUGCAGCUUCGGUUAGGAGACCUUGUCGACAACUAUGUAGGCAUAAUUAGUCCGAGGACCGAGAACAGCGGAAAUAAACAGAUGCAGACGUACCGCAUCAGCUUCCGACAAUUAAGGCUCGAUACAAUUCAUUUCCAACUGUCAUUUUCUUCUGUUUUCUUCGGAGGAUUCUGAAGCAAAUGAAGGGAAGAGGUGAACUGUUUUGAGCUCUAGCACAACCUGGAAAAUCAUUCAGCCUCGUCGAGACUGGCGCAAAAGGCGGAGCCGACAUUGUCCUUCCGCUGCCGCUGCAUCCUUCGCAAGCGGGGCCCGCACCCACGUUGGCGGAAGCGAGUCGAGACUUGCUGUCUUGGGCAAAUCAGCUUCGCUUUCUCGAAGAUGGAAGCGUAUUUGUGUUAUGUUUAAAAGAACGACAACGAAAAAUUUCUGAUGAAAUGAGAAGUGUUAGAGUGUUGCGUAGGGGGGCCAACCUUUGAGAGGAACGUAGAACUUUGCCUUCCUUGUUCUUUGUAUCUAGUUCAUUCAUUUUCUUCCCUCUUCCUUCUAUCAUCAUGACCAUCUGCAUCCACUUUUGUUCUUUUUUCUUUUCCCAGGUACUUCUUGCCAUAUGCAAACGUAAGGAGGAGUAUGACCCUUCCGCGGACACCAAGAUCAUCGACAGUCAAUUUCGCAAUUUGAACCUGAAUAUGGCAUUGUCCGAGUUAAACUUCGAGGAACAUUGGCGUGGUGAUGCGAGGGGCGCAGCAAAUGCAUUGGCUGAAUCUAUGGAAGUAGGAUUCAUCUACUACGUGCCGCCGGGCACGAACUUUGACGAGCAGCCUGAUGCUGAUGCACCUUCCUGGGAUGAUCCAAAAGAAAUGGUGAAUUUUUUAGCAUCAAAAAAUCAUUUUAGCCAGAGUAUCAGGGAACCUGUUCAGUCUUUCGACCAACAUUUCCACGUUACAUGCAAUUGCAAUGCCGGGGAAAGUCGUCGUUUUAAGUUCAACUCCAAGAAGGUGGUGUGCAGGGCCUUUCGCCUUUCCGUAGGAUUUGAGGAGAACAAGGACGUCGAUUUCGUUGUAUUCAAAGACCUAAAAUAA